UAGUUAAAUUAUGAACAAUUUUACAUUGUAAGAAAAGUAAAGCAUAUUCCAGAAGAUAAAAAUAAAAAAAUAAAACAAGGAAUGGGAUAUUCGGAUUGAGAUUUGAUCAUGUUAUAACUGAAUAUAUACUACUUACAAUAAUGCAUGUAUUAUACACAUUCUUUUCUUCUCAGAACUUUCAAUAAAAAAUCUUUUGUUUCCCAAUAUCAUGUAUAUAAUCUGUUGAUUCCUUUGACAUUUUAUCAACCAGAGAAAUUAAAAGCCUGAUUACUAGAAAAACAGCAAAAGCCAUGGGGCCACCACCAUGUGCUUCAAAUUCCCAGCUGAUACAUGGCAACUGCUGUUAAAGUAAGUCCUGCACGGAUGAAUUCCCAAGCAAACUAUGGGAAAUUUUGCAGUUCAUGUCGAAGCAAUAAUAAAUUGAGUUUCCAAAGGAGUAUGUUUGAUCAUGGUUGGAGAGGAAUAUUGGUGAGGAAGGAAAUGAGAAGAUCGGUGGUUAAAGGGUGUGAGUGGAAAAAGCAUAAUAAUACUAAUAACAAUGGCUGCUGCGGGAAGUUCUAUGAUAUUACGGAGGAAGAGUUGAGGUUUGUGGAAGUGCUCAGGGAAGCUCAGUCCUAUGUUUAUUUGCAUCGAGGAAGCACAUUUGUUUUGCUGUUAUCAGGAGAAUUUGUUGCUAGUCCAUAUCUGGAUACCAUACUCAAGGACGAGAUGACGAUGAGUUGA